CACAACUGAGGAGAGAGCAUACCAACUGACCUGAGUGCAGCCGGACAAGUUGAGGUGGACGAGCUUGUGGCAGCCCUUCCCCGUGGCCAGCUCCUCUGAUUGAAAAGAACCCCCUGCAGGGCACAGGAUGCAAGUGACCUCCUCUCUCCUCUUAGCCUCCCUGCUCCUCCUGCUGCCGUCCAUCGAGAUGAAAAGACCGGGGCAGGGCCGAGGCCUCAAGAGAGCAAGACAUAAACUCACACGGGACAGGAUGAGGAGUGGUGGGCGUCACAGCAGAUCGGACCCCUCCAGGCAUGUGACACCAGACUGCUCAGAGUUGACAGAAUUUGGAGUCGUGUUUAUCGACUGUCAGGAUCGACGCCUCACCUCCAUCCCCACCUCACAGACCUGGUCCAAACAACCAAAGCACCUCCUUCUGGCCCGUAAUAAGAUCAAAGUCCUUCGUGAAGAUUCCUUCUCUGGAUUUGAGAGUUUAACCAGUCUGGACCUGCAGCAGAAUCAGAUCUCUUUAGUGGAGGAAGGGGCCUUCCAGAGUCUGACACGCCUUACAACCCUGCUGCUGCAGCACAACCACCUGGGGACUCUUAGUGAGGAGGUCUUCCUCCCCAUGCCAAACCUUCGCUACCUACGUCUAUAUGAUAAUCCCUGGAAUUGUCACUGCCCUAUGGACAGUCUCAUACGCACCCUUCAGGUCCCAAGCAACCGUAAUCUAGGAAAUCAUGCCAGGUGUGCAGGGCCCACGAGGCUAAAAGGCAUAAAGCUGAAGCAGAUUGACCCCAGUUUACUUUGCAAGGGGACAGACCCAACCGACGACCAACAGGGUGACCAAACAGAUCCCGUAGACACGGCAGAGCCCAUUCCCAUUCGCACAAAACCAGACGCAACCACAUUUUGCCAUACCUAUCUGUUCCCCCAGCUACGAAUGGACUGCAGUAACAGAGGUCUAACUGAGGUGCCUUCAAAUAUUCCAGAGGAUAUUGUUCAUAUCGAUCUGUCACAUAAUUCAAUCCGUCAUCUCAAAGCCAGAGAUUUCCACCGAGCAAGGGGUCUCAGAAGCCUUAACAUCAGUUAUAACAACAUGGAGCAUAUUAACACAGCUUCCUUCUCUGGGCUGCUGCAUCUACGAGAGCUGGACCUGUCCAACAACGGCUUGCAUUCGGUCCAGUACGGUGUUCUUGAGGACCUUUACUUCCUGGCACAGCUAAAGCUGGGAGGAAACCCCUGGGUGUGUGACUAUGGCAUCCACUACAUGGUGUACUGGCUGCGGCUGCACGCAGGGGUGAAACACUCUGGCCUCUUGUGUCGAUCUCCUCCCGAGCACACUGGAGAGAGUGUAGCGGAGUACGUGCAUUCCUACAACAGAGAGUGUCCAAAGGACAGACAGCACAGCAGAACAGAUCAAGACCAAACCGACCCUGAGCUCUGGAACACAGCGAUGGAAGCGCAGGGAGACCUGGAGGAGGAGCUGGAGCCGAGUCACUUGAGAGUCCCGCAGAAGUACCAGAUCAUCAGGCUGUCCUGAUUCAAGUCAAACUUUGCCCUACGAUUUGACUUUGAAAAGUCUCUUGGUUUUCCCUUCAUUUAUUUCCUUUCAUUAUCAUAACACUGUCUGUAUCAGAUGGAGAAACUACAUUCUUCCGUGUUGUUGACAAUUCUUGAUUCUCUUGACAAAUUAUUACAAUAAUCUGUAUGUGUCAAUGUACACCUGAGUGAAACAUGAGUAUUGCAGAUGUAAGAAAAAUAAAACAAUCUGGCAACAUAA